GCUCCGCCAGGGCCCCUUCCGACCCUGGCCUCCCUAUCCAGACCCUGCAGGCCCAUAACCAGGCCCGGACCACGCGGGCCUCACUGCAGCGGGGUUGCGACUGCUUGUGCCGCUUCGCGCUGCGCGGCCCGGGCGCCCGGCAGCUCCUCGGGCUUCGGCCCCGCCAGCGGCCGUGAGGGACCGGGGCCGGGAUGAGCGGUGGGAGGCGGCCGGCCCUGCCGCGGGCCCUCGCUGCAGCCCGGGGAGGUCGGCCCCAGGGCGCCGGGAGGGCCGCGCAGCCGCCGGGCCGGCUCGGAAUUCCGCGCGGAGGGCCCUCGGAGAGAGGCUCCUUUCCCUACCCGAGCCCCCGCGUAAGGGCGGCCCUGGGCAGCGAGGCCCCGGGCUGUUACCGGUUUUCCAGGCUGCGCCUCAGCAUCUUGCUCGCGAACCGCCAGGGACCCUCGGCCGGAGCCCAACGACGGGGGCUUAGAGACUCCGGAACGCGAGCCGCCGCCUCCGGGAGCCCGAGAGCCCGCCCCGCGCGCCGCCGCGCCGGCCGGGGCGUUUCUAUGGAAACGCGGCGCGCGCCCCCACGGUCAACGCCCGAGGCGACCAGUGCCCAGCCCCAGCGCGAGCGGGCAGCGGGGCGACGCGGGGCGACGCGGGGCGACGCGGGGCGGGCGCCGGCAGCGGAGGGGAAGCCGGGACCUUUCAUCCUGCGUGAGCGCCGCUCUUACCAAACCCCCAGUGCCCAGUUCUUCCAGGUGAAACUGUGGACUCUCGGAAGGUGCCUUUGGAAGGAGAAGUGCUUACCACCUCAUCUUUAACCUUUCGUUUACUCAGCAAGUAAUUACUGAGUUCCUACUUUGCGGAAAAGAUUCUUAGACUCUGGGAAUAAUACAAAGAUAAGAACCAGGAGUCCCCUGUUUGAAGGGCCUGAGAGUUUGAUGAGGAUCCAGACAUUUCAACUGAGAUAAAGAGACACAUUUUCCCCCUUUGAACACCCAUGUCCUUUCUAUCCUCUUGGCAUUUGCUUAAGGUGCUCUUCCAAAUAAAUCUGAGUCUAAAUUCAAGCUUUAUUUGCCUCAAGAAAGCCCUCUGGGCUUCUCCCACACUUGGCUCAUCCAGGCAGCCUGGGGGCCCUUUGCAGUGGUACACUUCGCUGAUUUUUUGCUGUUUCUUAACCUUGAGCUCCUUAAGGCAGUGGAAAUAUGGUUUUACUCUUGUAUCUCUCAGGACCUCGGUGUGACAAGAUAAAAGUGUAUUUUGCACAAAGGGAUGUCCCUAAGACCUUUAUUACCUCACUUUUAGAACUCCUCUUACUCUCACGUUACAGUGUGUACCUCUCUUCUCCCCUUGUUCAGUCAAGUUAUCUGUUCAAUGCUUGCUGUGUUCCAGGUACGAUGCU